AGUGUUCUAUCCUGGACGUUCUACUGCUAUCUUUUCGUUUCAAUUUGGGGUUUUCUUCAAAAUUCGCCCAAACAGUUUAGUCUGUGUAUUGUGAACAAAUUCUAACUUACAUUUUAGUUCCGAUCAUAGAAUAUUUUCAUUGAACUGUGCUAUUCUCGGAGGAAAAAUCUCUCUGUCAAAUUGUAAACACACGGAUUUCUCAAUAAAAUGGCUUCUAAACGAAAAUCAGAAGUAAAAGUUGUUAUUAUUGGUGCGGGCAUUGCUGGGUUAUCGGCUGCUCAACAUCUUCAACAAAAUGGCUUCCAGAAAAUAACCAUAUUAGAGGCAUCAGAUAGAAUUGGAGGAAGAAUUCACACAAUGGCAUUUGGUAAAAGUGAAUCAGAUUUAGUAGAUCUGGGCGCUCAGUGGAUUCAUGGCGAAGGCAAAGAAAAUUCUGUUUAUAGACUUGCUAAGAAAUAUGGAAUGUUGAAACCAUUGAUACGUCUCGAAUGGGGAACCGGGGUGUGUUGUAACGAGGAAGGUAAAGAGAUCCGUCAAGAGCUGGUUGACGAUGCUAUUGAUAAAGGUUUUGAAAUUGAAACUGAGCUGGAGAAGGUCUACAGAAGAAAUAGACACCUUCCAGAAGACGAGUUGACCAUUCAGGAUUUUUACAACAAAAGAUUUGACCAGAUCGUUGCAACGGAAUUCCCCGAGGCAGAUCGAGAAGACGCCAAAUCUGUGUUUAAUUAUUUUCUCAACUUGAUGAGGUUCGAUAAUGGCGACGAUCUCCGCCAUCUUUGCAGCAGAAAUGUAGGCCAAUACCGAUCUAUUGGCGAAAAGGAAGACGUGUGCUUACCCUAUGGCUUUCAGUCAGUGAUCAACGCGUUGUUGAGAUUAAUGACUAAGGUUAAGAUAAUCUUAGAGCGUGCGGUUGAUAAGAUUAUAUGGAUAGAUUCUAAAAAUAGAACUAACGAUGUCAAAAUAAUAUGUGCUGAUGGAACCGAAUUUAUAGCAGAUCACGUGAUUGUCACGUGUUCCCUUGGUUAUCUCCAAAAAUAUCAUGAAAGUUUAUUUGAACCCGCUCUUCCUUUAAAUAAAUCUCAAGCUUUAUAUCAAAUAGGUUACGGUACCGUCAAUAAAAUAUUCCUUUAUUAUGAUGAACCAUUUUGGACUAAAGGACAAGGCACCAUCAGAUUUGCGUGGACAGAUAAAAACAAAGACAUCAAUAAUACGGAUGAAUGGUAUAAAGCUAUCCACGCCUUUGAUGAACCCCACAAUAAUGCCCAUGUGUUAGUUGGUAGUGUGGUAGGAGAAGAAGGCAAAUAUGUAGAAAGCUUGGAUAAAGAAGAAAUCAAAAGAAUCUGCACCGUGCAGAUACGAAUGUUUCUGAAUGAUGAAUCCAUUCCAGCACCACGGGAUGUUUUAGUAACUAAAUGGAAUAGUGACAAAUGGAGUUGUGGAUCGUACAGUUAUAUGAAACAAGAAUCAAGUGAAAGUAGAAGAAAUGAUUUAGGCCAGCCUCUGUUUAAUGAUGAUAACAAACCAGUUGUUUUGUUUGCUGGUGAAGCCUAUCAUAAAACACGUUACUCAACAACGGACGGAGCUCGUUCUAGUGGUAUUGAUCAAGCUCAGAUUUUGGUUAAUUUUUACACCAAUCAAUGUAGACGAUCUUUUUAAUUGUUGAUAUUUGUUACCCGCCAUAUUUACCUCUAAUUUAGUACUAGGAAUUCAGAUCUAUUUCUUAGCAUAGAGGUAGGUGUCAUUAUGGUUAUGGAAUAUCUCAUCCUUCAGCAUUAGGGAGAAUGGGUUGUGUGUUCUAUCAUCUGCCGGUUUACAUGAUCUUAGUAACUGUUAGAAAAGCACCCUACCUUCCCUCUUUGUUAGUCCAGUAGGCCAUCUACUCAACGAACUUUUGUCCUCACUUCUGUUCAGCUAAAACAAGGAGAGUUUUAACUUCUUCACGCAAACCUUAGUAGGUGUGUGGUGUUUGUACAUUUAAGUGGCUCAUUUGGUUAUCUUAAAGUGUCUGAAUGGCUUUCUUUCAAAUUUUAGUAGGAAUCAAUUGAUAAAGAUAAAAGUGUGUUAGAUAGAAAGAGUUUGGCCCUAAUGGAACGUGUAUAUUUCAGGAAAGUUUUUUUUAUGGUGUUUUUGACCAUGUUUUAUUGUCACUUUGACUUAAGCAAGAAAUUUGCAACGAAAAAGUCUAGGUAUUCAUAUUCAUACAUACACUUAACAAAAAGGCGAAAUUGUGUGGAAUUUUUGACUCCUUGUAUAUUCUCCUGCGACUUUUUAACAUUACAACGAAUUAAGUAAUUAAUCAAUGAUUUUAAAUCCAAACCAGUAAUUUACUUUAUGGAUCAGGUUGUCCUCCCUAGUGGUGCUUAGUUUAAUGCUCGUCAUAAAUUGUCCUCCACUUAAUGUCACAUUAUUUGUUUAUUGAUAAUAUUGUGCUACUGACGCAUUUAGUUCACAACGUUGCAUGUUAAACGGAACAUUAUAGAAUUUACUGGGUUUUAUAGUGCAAGUAUGAGUGUGUGUAUAUAUAUAUAUAUAUAUAUAUUUAAUUUUUGUCUGUUUUGUAUACUGUUGCAUUUUGAGCGUUGUAUUCACUCAGGAAUUAUUAUUUAGAUUCCACCAUUGUGCACACUGAGAACUAUCCACUUCAAGACUGUACCUCGGCCCUGAAUAGCCGCCAUAUCAAAAACAAUUAGUCUACUAUUUCAUAACACCCAAAUCAAAUAAACCUUUUCAAUUUUAUUAAAUGGGGCCGGAAUAAAAUUAAUACAUCUCGGAAGUCUCGUGUUUUCGACUAAAAUCGUAGAUUAAGGACUUAAAAUGUCGGUCAACUAGCUAAGUGUUUCUUCCCAAGCGGAGCUAAUUGCAGAAAGGCAGCGUAAGUUUAGUAUGAGAUUCCACUGGUUCAUUAUAAAUUAAACAUAGCAUCACGACCUUCCACAUUGCCUGUUAUACUUUAUAUAUACAUGAAUUUGGUAAGUCUGUGGUUAUUUUAAAAUCUAAAUAUAUUGGUUUCUGAUCGGAAGAACUAAAACUAAUGGUAUGGUGUUUAGUCUUGAUCAUAUCCAUCAUCCAGUAAGACGAUACAUAUCGCUCCAGCCCUACCAAUGUAUAGCUACUGUAUAUAAGCAGACACAUGGGAGGCUAGGAUAACUCUAGUCUGCCAGAUUUAAUCCAUUAGAAAUCAAUGUGCACAAUUUUCCCGCCAAAACUGGUAUACAGAUGAAAGUACUGAUAUUACAAAACCAAAGACGUCAAUAUUGACCAAGAUAUACAAUAUUAUAUAUACAUGUUUUAUACAUAAAUUUGUUAUGUUUUUAUGAUGUUAAUAAAAUAUAUUAGAUUAA